GAUGAUGAAUGAAGAAAAAAUAUAUAAAAAAUAUUUGAUCACAAAGCCGUACAGACUUCUAUGGCUUUGCAGAUUUGUAAUAGGUUUUUCUUAUAAAAGCUACCGUACAAAAUACUUAUGAAUAAAAACAAUAACGGACACUUUUAUUGUAGCUUUUAUUUUGAAAUUACACCUCGCAGCGGUUUAUGUAACGCCAAAUUCAAACAGAUGAGGAAAACUAAGGCAGAUGAGUUGGUCUCAGUUGCACUAUCAACUCAGGACACGGAAGAGCUACUGUUCCUCAGAAUCUGUCAAAGAACAAGAUCCAAUAUGUGUGGUAUCUGGGCAAUGUUUGGCAGUGAUCAUUGUCUGUCAGCUCAGUGCACCUGUGCCAUGAAGAUAGCACACAGAGGCCCAGAUGCCUUUCGUUUUGAGAAUAUCAAUGGAUACAUUAACUGCUGCUUUGCCUUCCAUCGUCUGGCUAUCUUGGAUCAGCUGCAUGGCAUGCAGCCUUUGCAUAUCAAGAAAUUUCCCUAUUUGUGGCUGUGCUACAAUGGAGAGAUUUACAACCAUCUCACAUUAAAGAACCAAUUUGAGUUUGAUUGCCAAACAGAAGUGGAUGGUGAGAUUUUACUCCAUAUGUAUGAUCACUUUGGCAUUCAGAAGGCGUUGGCUCUCCUGGAUGGCACUUUUGCUUUUGUUCUGUUGGACACGGAUAACAGAAAAGUGUGCCUUGGAAGGGACACAUAUGGAGUUCGACCGUUGUUUAGACUUCUUACUGACAAUGGAUUACUUGGAGUAAGCUCCGAAGCCAAAGGUCUGAUGGAUGUUAUCCAUUCCGUGGGGACUACUGCCAAAAUCAUUCAAUUUCUCCCAGGCUAUUUUGAGGUCUUUGAUUUGAAGUCAAAUGGCAAAGUGAAAUCCAUUCAGUUGGAGCAGUUUCAUGAAUGCACAAAAGAGCCCACACAUACUAUCUAUGACACUAUCGGGAGACUGCCAGGAAGUUUUGAUGAAGACAUAGUGAAGGACAACAUCAGAGCCCUGUUUGAGAAUGCAGUUAGGAAACGUCUCAUGUCCAACAGGAGGAUUGGUUGUCUUCUCUCAGGGGGUCUGGAUUCCAGUUUGGUUGCUGCUACAUUGGUGAAACUAGCAAAAGAGGGGGAACUGAAAUAUCCGAUUCAAACAUUUUCAAUUGGGUCAGAGGACAGCCCGGACAUCUUAGCUGCCCGUAAGGUUGCAGCAUACAUUGGCAGUGAACACCAUGAGGUGAACUUCACUGCAGAAGAAGGCAUUCAGGCUGUGGAGAAAGUCAUUGUCAGCCUUGAGACUUAUGACAUCACCACCAUACGUGCUUCUGUUGGAAUGUACUUGGUUUCUAAAUAUAUCCGUGAGAAGACUGACAGUGUGGUUAUCUUCUCUGGAGAAGGCUCAGAUGAACUCACACAAGGGUACAUUUACUUUCACAAGGCUCCAAGUGCCAAAGCAGGAGCAGAAGAAAGUGUUCGACUGCUGAAAGAACUCUACCUCUUUGAUAAUCUCCGAGCUGAUCGUACUACUUCUGCACACGGUUUGGAGCUCAGAGUACCUUUCCUGGACCACAGACUGACAGCAUACUACCUAUCACUGCCUGAGGAGAUGAGAAAUCCCAGGCAUGGAGUGGAGAAGUACCUUUUGAGGGACUCGUUCAGAGAUCUGAAAUUGAUCCCUGAUGAGAUCCUGUGGAGAAGGAAAGAAGCCUUCAGUGAUGGUGUGAUGUCUGUUAAGAAGUCCUGGUAUGUCUACCUAGAGGAGUACCUUGGAUCUGUGGUUACUGAUGGCCAGAUGACGAAUGCCCCAAAGAUCUUCCCUCAUAACACUCCCCGAACCAAAGAGGCAUACUACUUCAGACAGGUGUUUGAAAAACACUACCCUGACCAUGCUGAGUUGCUCCCACAUUUCUGGAUGCCACGCUGGAUUGCUGCAACUGACCCCUCAGCCCGCACACUGUCCAUCUAUAAACUUAGCACCAACAAGUGAAAAGUUGCAUGUGAAGUCACUCAGCAAGCCACUCAACAAGCUCAUCAAUCUCCAGUACAGGUUAAUUCCAAAUUUGCCAACCAAAUUUACAGAGAAUCAAUAAAAUAUAAUAAAUAUUUAAAUUACAAAUGUAUAAUCAUAGAAUAUUUGACUUCCAAACAAAUGAACUACUUGAAAAAAUUAACAUUUUAUCGUAUUUUGUGUUCAAACAAAGUGGUACCUAUGUCAGUACACCGAUUACACUGUCAGUUUGGUUACCAAAAUAGAGGAAUUGGAUACAAGCUUUACUUGGACUGAUGGAGGGGAUUACUCGAUGGAAGCUGUGAUAAUCAUGAUUUUGUGCAAAUUGUCCAAAAAGGGGCAGCACGGUGGUGCAGCUGUUAAGUGUUGGCCUCACAGUUCUUGAAGACCCAGGUUCAAUCUUGGCUCCACCUGUGUGAAGUUUGCAUGUUCUCCCCGUGCCUGUGUGGAUUUUCUCCGGGUACUCCGGUUUCCUCCCACAUCCCAAAAUCACGCAUUAAUUUGACACUCUAAAUUGCCCCAAGGUGUGAUUUUGAGUGCGGCUGUUGCAGAUAGACAAACGUUCUUCAAAUUCAAUUCAAUUAAUUUUAAGUGUUUUUAGAAGAGCCACGGUGGAGCAGCUGUGCUGAUUGCAUGUCCUCCCAGUGCCUGCGUCGGUUUUCUCCAAGCACUCCACUUUGCUCCCACAUCCCAAAAACAUGCAUUAAUUGGAGACUCUAAAUUGCCCCGAGGUCUGAUUGUGAGUGCAACUCUUUAUUCUAUAGAGUGUAAAGAUGUAAUAGUUUGACACGUUCAUAUUUCAGAAAUAACCAUUUAUGUUCCUGUCUGGUCUAUGAAAAUGACUACACACAUACUGUACGAACAAUUUAAAGAAAUUAAUUAACCUACCAUGCAUGUUUUUGUCUUUGUUUUAUAAUGGUUUCUCAGUGUUGCAAUGCUUUGCAUGAAAGGACAUAACCACAGUAGGCUAGGAAGUUUAUUACUGUGAACUAGUUAUACUUGGUUAUGCCGAUGGAAGUCAAUCAUAAUUGACUCGUAUUAUAUUUGCCAUGAUAUACUGCAACUUUCGCAAUUCAAAACAUGUUGUUUCUGUCGCUCCAUGAUCUCUGUUACAUAAUUAUGAUUUUAUAUUUUGCGGAUAUCCAAUUAACAA